UAUUUUACGAAAGCACCAAUACUCAUACUGAAAGUAUCACAGCACCAUUCAUUGGUAUUCAUGUGCAAAGAAAAAGAGGUUAACAGGGAGAACAAGUACGAGUGAGGUACAGUAACAGGUAAGUGUGAAUGGGCCCCAUGCAACAUAUUAGUAUUGUGAAUGCACCUGAGAGUCCUCAGGAAGUGGAUGUGAAGAUGACUGAAAGAGAGACAGAACACAGAGAGAAAGAGCUGAAUCAGAGAGUGUGAGACAUUGAAUGAGAGCUACAAGAAGGGGCAAGGUUGCAAGGUGCUGGAGAGGUGAGGAGAGGGAGUGGUAAUGAGAGAAGGAGGGAUCGGAAUAGAGCGAAAAUGAGACAGAGGCAAAGGCAGAAGGAGAGGUAGAUGUCUUUGUGUGAACGUUAGCUGCCGUCCUCUCUCGUAAGCGGCUCCUCAUUGGCCAACGAGAAGCCCCCCUGUGUGAAGGAAGUAUCACCAGGGAAACUUCUUCUCGCUGCCUCUGUGCGUGUUUUCCUCCUUGCCAGGGUUAUUUUUAAAUAGCAUUCGGCUUCCUGCUCAGACUAAAGACUACAAGCCACAGCAUCCCUGUUUUGUUGUUUUCAGGAAUUGCCAGUUCACAAAUCUCGAAAAGCUGCGGCAAUGUUCUCCUCUUCUCCUCUCCCACAGCUACAUUGCAAGCUUUUUGCAAAAAUGGGGGACGACCGACCUUUUGUGUGCAACGCUCCUGGCUGUGGACAGAGGUUUACCAAUGAGGACCACUUGGCGGUACACAAACACAAGCAUGAAAUGACUCUGAAAUUUGGACCAGCUCGGACCGACUCUGUUAUUAUUGCAGACCAGACACCCACUCCCACCCGUUUCCUAAAGAACUGCGAGGAGGUCGGUCUGUUUAAUGAGCUUGCCAGCUCCUUCGAACAAGAUGAUGAUGACAAGAGGGCCAAAAACUCUCUCCCUGCUGCCAACUCUGUGGCUUUGGACAUGAGCCUUCAGACACCAUCAGACGUGAAGGUGAAAAAGGAGGCGCCUGUAGAGGUUGACUCUUCACCACCAGACAGCCCUGAAUCUAUCUCUGAGAAUUCAGACAGCAACAUAGAGCCUCUACCUAGAGGAAAGGACACACCACCCAGGAAUUCAGCCCCCACCCCAACCAUUGUACGUCCAGGUUCCCUCUCACUACACUUGGGCUUUGAUGCUCUUCAGCCCACCAUGCCGUCACCCACCUCCGUCAUCACACAGGCACCACCUUCAAAUCGUACUUUGGGUUCACCAACCAGCCAUUACCCCAUGAUGAUGCUUCCCUCUGGUCAGGCAGUGCCCGUUCUCCCUGGACCCGUACAGAUGCCGUCUGUCAUUAAUCUGGCCCGACCCAUGUGCAUGGUACCCAACAUUCCUGGGAUCCCUGGUCCUCCUCUGGGAGGCAGCAGCAGCGGCUCUAACUCCCCCUCUGGCUACAGCAUCCACUCAGAGGCCAAGAUGCGACUGAAGGCAGCGCUGUCCCAGCAGAGCCCGUCAGGACACAGUAUGGGGGUGAUGGCCAUGGGCAGCAGCCCCAUGGUACCUCAGAGGGCAGAACAAAGCCAGCUGCUUGUCCAGCAGCCAGAUGCUCCAUCACCUGCACAACCUCAGGUAUCUCCAGCACAGCCUACAGGUGGGCGUCGACGGCGGACAGCAGACGAUGACCCAGAUGAGCGAAGGCAGCGCUUCCUCGAGAGGAAUCGGGCAGCGGCAUCACGCUGCAGACAGAAACGCAAACUGUGGGUUAGUUCCCUAGAGAAGAAGGCCGAGGAGCUCAGCAGUCUGAACGUCUCACUGUCGAAUGAAGUGUCUCUGUUGCGGAACGAAGUGGCUCAUUUGAAGCAGCUGCUCUUGGCCCACAAGGACUGUCCUGUAACCACCCUACAAAAGAAGACUGCCUACUUAGCUGCAGAAGAGAGCAUGAAAGACACCUCAGAGCCUACAGGUUCCCCAGCCCCGGUGAUUCAGCACAGCUCUUUGGCGCCCAGCCCCUCUGCAGGGCACAACGGUUUGAGCUCAAGGGCAGCAGCUGAGGCCAUGGCUAUGUCUGUGCUGGCAGGAAUGGGGCAGCAGCAGAGGGCUGAGAGUGGAGCCUCUCACAUUAUCAUGGCUGCACAGUCUCAAUCGGCUGCCAGAUGAUGAGCGAUGCCACCAUGGCCCAGACUUGGCUCAUCACCCAGGGGUAGAAAAGACUCCCACCUCCCAACUUCCCCGAUCUUCAAGCCUGAAUUUCACAUUUUUGCUCUUCCCCACCUCCCUCCCUCUGUGCUCUUUCUAACCCUCCUGUGGAGCCAUCAUGCUGUGGCCUGGAGCUCAGCAGCAGCCUUCUGGGAAUGGACUGAGACUUUUGAGAGAGCUUCCUGUUCACUUUGCCAUAGACUACAGGGGCUGGACUCCAAUACCCCUCCCCCUGGUUUCCCAAACCCAUCCCUCCCCCCGUGCCUCCCUGCUCAUCAUUCUCACCCACAGUCGAAAUGACUCUUCACUGGACUGUAGGACUGCAUCAAGUAUACUGCCGUAAUGGAACUGCCCAUGUGGACACGUACCACACGUGUGCACAGUUUCAGACACACAGAUGUUACAUAAACAUUCUUGAUCAAAUCAGAUACCAAACAACACACAGGGCUUUACACUGUUUUCAGCAGGGAAUAGUGCCUUGCGCUCCUCGACUUUUCAGCCAUGCACACACCCACACAUACCAUCACAGCAUACGUCCCUAUACAUCCUCGGCUCCAAAGAUGCAGUAAUUAUCUAGAAUUUCUGACGCUGAUGUUCAGAUCUCAAUUACUCACCCAGACCUUUUGGAAAUGGUUCCACCUCAAAGUGAUCUCAACACGGACCCAGAAACCUUACCUCAUGUACACCCCUUUAUGAUAAAAUGUAUUAACUGUGUGUGUGAUUGUAUAUUUAUGUACAUCAGAACAUAGCAGUUUGCCUACUCCUGAUCUGAUGCAUUAUUAGCUAGAUUGUUAGCAUGUGACUUUUUCUAAUAGGGUGUUAUGUUCUUGAUACAGUAUGUGCAGCUAUAUUUUUUAAACUAAUUGGCACAUCCUCCCAGAUUAAUCCACAGAAACAAAAUAUGUUGGAUUGUGACUUAAAAUCAGUUUUUUGGAGCAAUUUUUUUCAUCUGAGCUGAAAGGAAUUGAACCUCUCCCAACCUUCACACCUUUCAUUCAACACAGGCAGGUAGUUUAGCUGUUUAUUGGUUUGUAAGUGGAUGCCUUUUCCAUUUUAUAUGAAACUAUUUUCAAGACUGUGUUCGUCUGUGUGGGCCCUGGACUUACUGUAACUGUUAUUUUCACACUUCUCAGGAUGCUUGCACAUCCUUGCUGCUCGUUGGAAGUGCGAUGAACCCCCUUAGUCUCUUUGCUCUUUACCAAACCUAAAAUAAGCCAUACCGACAACAAAACAGAUCUCUGGAUCUCCAAAGACCGCCUGGUACUUGUUCUGGUGAUGGGAAGUAAAUAGUCUGACUGUUAUUUUAUGAUUCAGAGGUCACAAUAUAUCACUGCUUCUAACUUGCACUUAAAACACAGUCUCACAUACAACGUCUGAUAAUUUUGCCUUAAGAUCACAUUGGUGCCUCCGAUAUUCCCACUUAAACACACACAGAUUUGCUCUUGUGGAAAAAUAACAGAACCUCAGAGAAAUAUAUAUUUGUCUUAAUUUUUUUUUCUUCAGUUCAUCAAAUGAAAAACAACCAAUGAGGAACUACAGAUUUAGUGACUUGCUGAGGAUUUUUUGAAGCCUGUAAAAAAAGAUGUUUCUUUUCAGUGAUAGAAUACUUGCUAAAAAUCUAACAGUACUUGUCUGUCAUCUGGUGGAGAGACACAGCAAAGACAUUUUCAGCGGUCAAAGCUUUAGGGGCAGAAAAAAAGACAACUUGUGACUGUUUCUUAUAGGUUCCAGUUCUUUAGAAAUCCCACCAAGAAGGUUUUACCCAGAUAUCAAUAUAUUUUUACACGAAACACCGAAACAAGCGGUUUGCUUUUCUUGUUUUUCUUGUAUAUUUCUGCCCCCCUCCCCUCUCCCUCUUUUGCCCUCUGUUGUCUGAUACGAUCAUAUAUUUGCAAGAUGUGAUGUUUCAAAAACAAGAUAUCUGUCCAUUAACAUGCACCGAUCGGUGACAACAUUAAAACCACCUGCCUAAUACUGUGCUUGUCCCCCUCGUGUUGCCAGGACAGCUCUGACCUGUCUGAGCGUUGACACGGGAACUCUGGGGGGGGUCUGACACCGCGACGUUGACAGACGAUCCUUUGGGUCGCGGGGUGGGGCCUCCGUGGAUCAGGUUUUUUCCGGUGGAUUUCACAGAUGCUUGGUUAGAUUAGCUUGUGGGACUUUGUAGGGUGGCACUUGGGCUCUUUAUUGUGUUCUUCAUGUGUUGCUUAGCAGAUUUGGUGUUGUUGAGGGGCACAUUAUCUGGGGUGUGUUUGAUCUGCAGCAGUGUUUAGGUGGCUACAUGUCAAAGUAACACACACAUGAAUGCAGGACUCAAGGUUUCCCAGCAGAACAGUGCAUUACAACUAGACUGUUGAUGUCUUUAACUUCACCUGUCAGUGGUUUUAAUGUUAUGGCAGAUCAGUGUAAGGACAUGUCUUUUAUGCACUAAAGUUUAUUGUCGCUUUGUAUUACUGUUCAUUUUAAGUUUUUACAGUUCUCUUGUCCUGGUCUUUGUCAGAGAUAGCAGAACUUUUUUUUUUUUUUUUUUAAAUGUUGGUUUCCUCUUUAUCUGUACUGUAUACACGAAUGGGAAUUUGCUCAUCAACUUUAAAACUUUAACCUUUGACUGAACCUCUUAUCCUACAGUCCCAAUGGCGACCCCGGCAUUUUGUUGUACUUGCUGGCACUAUAUUUGCCUGCAAUCCCGUAUAGACGAUUGUUCAUAUGAAAUGACAAGUCAAACUGUAUUUAGCUUUCAUGUUUUCGUGUAAUUCGUGUCACCGGCACCUUUUCUGUCAUUUCUUGUUUUUCUUUUGUCGUGUGCUGUUGUCGGCACUAUACAACCUUUGUCAUAACGCUUCUGAUUGUACUGAUGAAUAUAGAGACUAAUUUCUGUAACACAAAGAUUUCUUGUUGUUGUUGGUUUGUUUUCUCAACAGAAACAUGUAGUCCUUUUUCAAAAAGAAAUGUUAUCCCCUUUGUUAUAUCUUUUAAGAUGAAUUUGGUCCUGACGUUUGACUGUUCUUGUCUAACUUAUUUUUUUAAUUGGUCAAAUAAUGUUCAUUACAGUAUUUGGCCUUUUAAUGUUACUUAGAAUUGUUAUGAAAAGAGCAAUUAAAUGAGAAACGCAACAAUGUGAAAGUUGCACAUAGUGUAUUAAUGUUUUUUCACACUCCCAUUGUUGGACUGAUGAUUUCAAAAUUUGUCCCUGUACUGUACAUAUCUGUACUAUAUGAAUAUAUUUACUUUUCCAUGCAUGUCCAAGUGGAAUACCAUGAACACUUACAGUGCUGCAGUUUUGAUUAAAGAAACUACAUCUAAAUGAA